AUGCCUCGUAUGAAGUCCUUCCGCCGUUCCCAGGCCGCCAGGAGGCGCGUGGAGGAGCAGCGGAUCGUCAUGCUGGGUCCCCAGCAGCCUCCUUGUGACACCCUUGCACGCCGUGGCACCGGCUGGCGCCACAAGGUGAGGAAGUGGCCGACCUCUGAGCUGACCGGCCGUCAGCACAAGUUGGUCCUUCCAGCUGAUGCCCCCGACAAGAAGUUGGUCCUUCUUGUCGGUGCCUCGCAUCUGCGAAGCUUCGCAGAUGGUGUGGUUCCUAUGCCAGAGGGGUGCCUGUCCUUCGCUGUCAUGUCGACGCCGGGGGCCUGUGCAGCUCAGUUGCGGACCGAGGUGCUGAACGCUACGGUACCUCGGGUCCCUGACUUGGUCUGUCUCAUGGCUCCUAGCAACAACUUGACAGCGAGCCGGACAGUGGACGAGGGCCGGGCCGACUUCGCCAAGCUCCUGUGCACGGUCUGCACACGCUGGCCUAAGGUGCUGGACAGCGUGGUGGCUGCACAGAGAGAGUGGAGGAGCACCGGAGCAGAAAAAGGCUGGCGAGUUGGUCGUUGCGGUGGAGAGCCCGGUGUAAAGCAGCAGCAGCACCUGAGAGCUGCGCAAGUGAUCGUCAUGGACUUCGUGCCGCGUUUGGUUGUGGAUGACGACCUCCAGGCCCACUUCCGAAACGCAUUCAGCCAGGUCGCUGCAAGCAUGGGUGUCCCGUACAUCCAUCUUGCGGACGACUUCCCCACGCGGCGUCUUGAGCUGUGGAGCAGAGACGGCAUCCACUUGAGUGACAGCGCUGGUAUGCUUAUCCUUCGGGGGUCACUGUGGAGGGCCGCUUAUCUGCAUCUGGCGACGCCGCCACCAGAGCCCAGCGUGUCUCCGAGGACCUCGCCAGGGACGCCUCGUCGCCUUCCACGAGUGGUCGUCAAGGGGGAGAUUGUCGUUCCUCGGCAAUCAGACCCCUUCGACUGGUCGCUUGUGGAACGGUGCAGAAAGAGGAGACGUUCCAGCGAGGAGGAGUCGUGCGGCGCGGGCCAAAGUGGGAAGCUCCAGCAGCCGCUGGAGGUGUCCUUCCCACUGAACCCGGUGCGGUUCAGCAGCGCGGUGAUGGAGGCGAUGGACAGGGUCGCUCCAUCUGAUCUCCCCAGCCCUGUGAUGUGCACUGCGCCAUCCGGCAAGAAGAAACCCCGCGUGGACCGUCAGCCCAAGGCAGCCACUUCCAAGCGGAGACGGGCUCGACAGCAGGUGAAGGCUGUUGUCGAGACUGCUCCUGUGGAAGUGGUCGUGACGCAGAGGGAGACUCCUGCUGCCUGCGUCACAGAGUCAUCGCUCCCCAGCCCCGUGGACGUGGUCGUGACGCAGAGGGAGACUCCGGCUGCCUGCGUCACAGAGUCAUCGCCCCCCAGCCCGAUGGAGGAAGACUUCCCUAGAAGCGUCAAAGGUAGGACAGACUUUGAUUCUUCUAGUUCAGGUUCAGUGUGUUCGGACACUGGUGUUCCUACUGACCAUGAUGACUGUACAUCUGCUAAGGUUAAAUGGGUUAGGGGGAGCUUCCAUCAGGGCAAUGGUAGAUUUAAAUACCCAGGACGUCAGUGUAUGGCCAUAGCUUUAGCAAGCUUGGCUAAACACACAGUCAGUAGUGUGUUCUCGUGGCGGCGUCGUGAUUUGGAUCAUGUUCUCCAUCUAGGCGAUGACUUGUACGCGUUCUUGCGUGAGAACAACAGGAUCAGUGGGACCUCUGAGUUCUUGUGUGUUCCUGAGUUGCCAGGACAACACGUUUUUGACGGGCAGCAGUUUACCUUUGACUAUGGUAGUGACUAUGUUAGUGGUGUGGUCAAUGUAGUUGAUGGAGAACUUGUUGAGGCUGGUUGUCACACCUCUCUCCUAAAUGGAUUGCAGAGGAUGCUUGAUAACUAUAGCACGUGCUUACUGACCCUGGGUGGUAAUACAUGCGCGGUUAUUAAUCAGAACGGUAGAUAUGCUGUCGUUGAUUCACACGCACGCAGCGCUGCUGGAUUGGUAGGUGUUCAUGGUAGAAGUAUAGUUGCGUAUUUUACUUGUGUUAGAGACCUGCAUGAGUAUGUAUGCAAUCUGGCUGCAUCACUCAAUGCAAGUCAUGAAUCUUUUGAGAUCGCUGGUGUGCGUGUCUUUCAUGUAGUGUUUGAUGAUGCUCCUGCUGAUGAUGCAGAUGUUGUGGUUGUUAGUGGUGAUGCUACUCUAGAUGAGGUCGUGUCUGUGAUAGUUAGUGGGGAUGCUGAUGCAGAUGUUGUUAGUGGGGAGGCUCCUGCAGCUGAUGCAGAUGUUGUGUUUGUCGGUGAUGGGACGUGCAAACAGCUGCAGUUUGAUCCCCUCAGUAAGGAGGUUGCCCAGUUGGUUUGUAAACGGGUAAAUGUAGAGUUUGAGAAAGUUGAUGAGGUAAUGUCUGCAGGAGUAGGUUUGUUAGGGUCUCCUUGUAAGAAGGAGAACAUAGUGGCUGAUGGGAACUGUUUCUUUAGGGCAGUGUCUCUAGCUGUGAGUGGAACACAGAAGAGUCAUAGGAAGAUUAGACUCGCUGUUGUUAAACAUCUAGAGAAGAAUGCGUCACAAUACAAUAGCAUUUUGAGAAGUGAGUAUUCUUCAGUGGCAGAUUAUGUUAGGGAGUCAAAAAUGCGUUAUGUUGGCAGCUGGGCAACAGAGGUGGAAAUUCAGGCAGCUGCAGAUUGUUUAGGAGUUAAUAUCUUUACAUUCUGUGAUGGUAGAUGGCUAGAAUAUAGCUGUAAGUUUAAUGCUUUGUCUAGACAGGGAAUUUACUUGGAAAAUAGUAAUGGUAAUCACUAUGAAACGGUUGUUUGUGUUUAUGAGCCUCAGCUGCAGAGGUGUUAUGGUUUGUGUAAUGAGAGUAGUUUGGAUUGUAAAGUUUAUGAUAUGAGACGUCGUAGUGUAGAGAGUUGUUCUUUGGAAAGUCCAGCGUGUAAGAGAGUGAAAACAGUAGAUUGUGCAGGUGUGAAUAGUAAUAGUUGUUUUUCCAAGUAUUUGAAAAGUAAGAUGAUAUCACAAAUGAAAAUGAAAUAUCAGGAUAGUGUGCUGAAUAGGGAGAAGAAAAGGGAAAUGCGCAAAAAGAAAUAUCGUCAGGAUGUGCUGCUGAGGGAGAAGCAAAAAGAGGAAAGUAUUGUGAAGUAUAGGGACAAUUUGUUGCAUCGAGAGACAGUUAAAGCGCAGAGUGUUGGGAAGUAUAGGGACAAUUUGUUGCAUCGAGAGACAGUUAAAGCACAGAGUGUUGGGAAGUAUAGGGACAAUUUGUUGCAUAGAGUGAGAGUUAAAGCAAACAGUGUUGGAAAGUAUAGGAAAAAUUUGUUGCAUAGGCAGAGAGUGAAGGAAAUGAGUCAAAGAAAGUAUCAUGGGGACUCGGAGCAUAGAAUUCGUGUUGUAGCAGCUAACAAGUUGAAGAGAGUAGACAUAAAAGAGAAGCAGAAGCAGUUUGAUUUUGUGAUGGACCAGUUUUUGGAUAAGGUUAAAGAUGGUCCAGAUUUUGUGUGUUCAGUUUGUCAUAGAUUGUUGUUUAGACGGCAGGUGUUACAUUGUAGAAAAGAGAAUUACAGCAAGAGUAAGGCAUUAGCUUCAUUAGCAGAUAAGUGUAUUAGUGAGGACUAUUUACACAAGUGUAGUAAGGACUGUGUAGUGCCGUGUCAGUGGUUAGAUUCAGCUAGAGGUCAGUUGUGGAUUUGUCACACGUGUCAUAGUAAGCUUAAUAAUGGUGUACUGCCACCUGAGAGUUCAGUUAAUAAUUUGAAACUCGAUCCUAUUCCACCGGAGUUGGCGUGUUUGAAUAGUUUAGAGCAGCAUUUAAUUGCGUUGCACAUACCGUUUAUGAAGAUGUUGGCUCUGCCUAAGGGAGGUCAGAAUGGAGUGCAUGGUCCGGUGACAUGUGUUCCUGCCAACAUAGUGGAGACCAGUAAUUUGUUGCCGCGCUCCAAUAUGGAGGGCUCUUUGUUACUUGUGAAGUUGAAGCGUAAGUUGACGUAUAAAGGUCAUUAUGAGUAUCAGUUUGUGGAUACUAUGCGCGUUAGGAAGGCGUUGCAGUUUUUAAAGGAAACAAACGUGUAUUAUAAAGAUGUUGAUUUUAAUGAGGAGUGGCUAAAUGCAUUUCUUAGGGAAGAAGAUGAGGCAGUUGUAGAACCGGAGGUUAGUGUUAAUGCAGAAACUGGGGAAGAUGAAGAUGUUUCAGAUGAGCUUUUACAUGAUAGGCAGCAGCAUUGUAUGUUUCAGGACACAUGUUUUAUGCCUGUUGACAUAGGUCAGGAAACAUUAGAUCAAUAUUAUGAGGGUGUGUUGAAUGUUGCGCCUGCAGAAGGUAACAAUCCUGUUAAGUUACUUUCUGAUCAGGAAAAUGAGGCUAAAUGUUUCCCAGUGUUGUUUCCUCUAGGUGGUAAGACGUAUCAUGACAGUAGGUCUAGUCGUUUAACGUUGUCUCGGUAUUUGAACAAUAGGAUUUUGCAUGCUGACGGUAGGUUUUCUAGAAAUGUAGAGUAUAUAUUUUUUGGUCAGUACAUGUCUGAGGUUCAGCAGGUUGUGUCGAACGUGUCAAUCGCCCUGCGAAAAGGUAAGGGGCGUCCUUCUAAGAAGGUAGGUGGUCAAAGUGUAAGGGACUUAAUAAACAAUGAAGAGUCCAUGAAGAAGUUGUUGGAGUUUGAUGACGGGUAUCGUUUUCUAAAGCCGAUCCGAGGUACCCCGGCUUUUUGGCAGGAAGCCCAGCGUGGGUUAGUUGCGUCUGUCCGUCAGCUUGGUCUGCCCACUUGGUUUUGUUCAUUUUCUUCUGCAGAUUUGAGAUGGACAAAUUUACUAGGUAGCAUUUUGAAGCAGGAAGGUAGGACUCAGACUGCAGAAGAUUUAGAGUGGGCAGACAAGUGUGAGUUACUGCGUCGUAAUCCGGUCACUGCAGCGAGAAUGUUUGAUUAUCGCUGGCAUGUGUUUUUGAGGGAGGUCCUUAUGUCCCCCUCCAAUCCGAUUGGUAAAGUUAUCGAUUACUUUUAUAGGGUAGAAUUUCAGCAGCGCGGUUCACCACAUGUACAUUGCUUGUUUUGGAUCGAAAACGCACCUAAAAUUGAUGAAAACACAGACGAAGAAGUCGUCGAAUUUAUUGAUAAAUAUGUGACAUGCGAGUUACCGGCACAAGAUGAGACAUUAUUGGACAUUGUCACAUCUGUACAGCAACACUCAAAGCGACAUUCUAAAACCUGUAAAAAGAAGAACACGGCUUGUCGUUUCAAUUUUCCAAAAGUGCCAUCCACUCGUACAUUCAUUUCUCGUAGCCCCUCGGAGCAAGAAGCUAAAAAUAAAUGUAAGUGCGAGGAAUCCGCAGCGUGUACAUGUGGUAAACGAAACAUGGAAAAACCAGAUCUUAUGAAACGUGAUUACGCAGAAGAUAUAGUGGGACGUAUCAAGGCAGCUGUGUUAAAGGAAGAAAAUAGUAACCUCACUGUUGAGGAGUUGUGGCAGCGUUUAGGGAUUAGUCAAGCUACGUUUGAGGCUGCAUAUCAACGCAUCGCGAAAAAGACAACGGUAGUCUUGAAGAGGAAGGUUAAUGAAGUAUGGAUUAAUCAGUAUAGUAAGCCGCUGUUGAAAUGUUGGAAUGCCAAUUUAGACGUCCAAUUUGUAGCAGACGCGUACGCUUGUAUAGUUUAUGUCAUUUCUUAUAUCUCUAAGGCAGAGAGAGACAUAGGAUUGUUGCUAGGGAACGCCCAUAGGGAAGCGUCAAAGGAGGGGAACGUUAGUGCCAAAGAGGCUUUGAAAAGUUUAGGUAGUGUUUAUCUGCACAAUAGAGAUGUGAGUGCUCAGGAAGCUGUCUAUAGGUUAAGUGGCAUGCACCUGAAGGAAUUCUCUAGGAAGGUUGUGUUUAUACCUACAGGGGACAAUAUAGUAAGGAUGAGUCUACCUAUAAGUAUAUUGAGGGAUAAGGCAGAGUCUUCAGAUUGUAAUGCAGAUGACAUCUGGAUGACUAGUAUAAUUGAUCGGUUUAAGAAUAGGCCUAACGAUAGUACGUUUAGCGAUAUGUGUAUAGCCACAUUUGCGUCUGAGUAUCGCAUCGUAGCUAAGAAUGAGAAAUGUAAAGCUAAGAUUCAAUUAAAAAAUGAUUGCGGAUUUGUCGCGAAAAGAACAAAUUCUGAACCUGCAGUAAUUAGAUAUGCGCGCUUUUCGGAGACUAAAACUCCAGAAUUAUUUUAUCAGAGUAUCCUGCAGUUGUUCUUGCCGUAUCGUUCCGAUGAGCAAUUAAAGCCUAAAAAAUUUGAUACAUAUGGACAAUUUUAUAACGAUGCGCGUGUUAGGUUUAGUGAUAGGACGAUGCAUUCGGUUAAAGAAGUCGUAGAUUUGAAUAGAAGUAAAUUUGAAAUUAAUGCCGACGAGUUGGAUGAGAUCCUUGAAAAUAUAGCUUUAGAUGGUGUAGCAGAAGAUGCCUGGGGUGAAUUGUGCCCAGAGCAGGAGGUAGAGAGGUUAGAGUGUAUACAGGAAGAGGAAGAAAGAAAGAAAGGGCAGGUAUUAGAUGGUGAUGUUGAUCAUGAAAACGUCCCAGACUUAGCGGUGUGUAGGGAACAGGUAGUGAAUAUAGAAAAAAGGAAUAACAUUAUGUGUAGGACUGAUGGCUUGGCUCUCAUUAGGUCUUUAAAUGAGACUCAGCGGUGUGUUUUUUAUCAGGUGAGGCAGUGGUGUUUAGAUAGGGUUAGAGGGAAGAAGCCACAUCCCUUUCAUGUUUUUGUUACAGGUGGUGCAGGGACAGGAAAGAGCCAUUUAAUUAAAGCCAUUCAGUAUGAGGCUAUGAGGUUGUUGUCAACAGUCUGUCGUCAACCUGACAAUAUUUGUGUCUUGCUAACAGCUCCUACGGGGAUUGCUGCUUACAAUUUACAUGGAACAACCAUUCAUCACACAUUUAGCAUUGGCAAAGAUGUUCGCCUUCCCUACGUACCUUUGGGUGAGGAAAAGGUGAACUCUUUGCGUGCUAAAUAUAGUGAUCUUCAAAUUUUGAUAAUUGAUGAAAUAUCGAUGGUUGAUCACAGACUGUUGACAUAUGUUCAUAGUAGGUUGAGACAGAUUAAACAGACUGGUGAUUUGGCUCCGUUUGGGAACGUGUGUGUUAUAGCUGUAGGAGAUUUUUUCCAGUUGCCUCCAGUUAGAGGGAAACCUCUUUAUGAAGAGGAACUUGGAGUCAACCUGUGGUCGAGUCUUUUUAAGGUUGUCGAGUUGACAGAAGUAGUUCGGCAGAAAGAUGGUGAGUUUGCGUCGUUGUUAAAUCGGGUUAGAACUCGUUCAAAAGGGACGGCAAUGUUGAAUAGCGACAUUGAAAUAUUAAAGCGUUGUGAAACCGGUGAAGUCAGCUCAGCUUUACACAUUUUUCCGACGAAUAGACAAGUAAAUGAGCACAACGAUGCGGAACUGUUGAAGACAUGUCCUGAGUAUGAGGAAAUAGAGGCUCAGGACUAUGUCAAUGAUAAAAAAACAGGUGAGUUAGUGUUGAAGAGUGGCCAUCACACAAAAUCAUAUAACACGUGUUUAGCCCAAGUGUUGUCAUUAGGUAAGGGUGCACGUGUUAUGUUGUGUAAAAAUGUGGAUGUGUCAGAUGGUCUUGUUAAUGGUGUGUGUGGCUUUGUGACGGACAUAGUUCAUUUAGAGAAGAAAAAGUUUCCUCACAGAGUGUUUGUUAAAUUUGAUGAUGAUCAUGUUGGUGCUCAGAGGAGGAAACAGUGUGGUAGUAGUUUGUCAGUUGUAGCGGGUUCUAUCGGUAUUGAAGCAGAGGAAGAGAGGGUGACCAAUAAAGGUGGCAUGCGUCGUCAGUUUCCACUUAGACUUGCGUGGGCGUGUACUGUACAUAAGGUACAGGGUAUAACUGUAGAUAGUGCUGUGGUGUGUCUGAAGAAGGUGUUUUGUGCAGGUCAGGCGUAUGUGGCCUUAAGUCGUGUUAGAAGCUUGUCAGGGUUGGUGAUUCAAGACUUUGAUGAUAAGGCCAUUUAUUGUAAGGACAACAUUAAGGAUGCUAUGCAGAGUAUGCCCCAAUAUUUGAUAGGAAAUAACAUUAGGCACAAAUUGGAUACAAAUACAUUCAAUGUUUUUUUGAUGAAUGUACAAAAUCUAACUAAACAUGUAUCAGAUUUGGCUUCAUGUACACAGCAUUUACAGCUUAACUGUAUUGCUGUGACAGAAACAUGGCUACCAGCUGCAUCUACAGAAGCAGUAAACAUCGAGGGCUUCACUUUUCACAGUAGUCCUCGAAGUUUAUCUUAUAACAGUGACCAUCCAGCACUGAUUGCACUGCAAGGACAACAACAUGGUGGUGUUGGCUUGUACAGUGCAGACAAUUUGGCCUCUAAUAUUAUCCAAAUGCCACCAUUCAAUUUAGAAUGUAUAGUUUAUAAUUGGCUAGAAUAUAAUCUAUUAGUAGCAGUUAUUUAUCGGCCACCGUCAUAUCCCAUGUCUCUGUUUAAAGAACACUUAGGGAAAUUACUUGAUUGGCUACAUCCUAAAAGUAACAAUAUAGCAGUCAUGGGAGAUUUUAAUGACGAUCUCUUGAAAUCAUCAAGUGUCUGCAAACUUCUAACAGACAAAGGGUUUGGUCAGUUAGUAACGCAGGCGACAACAGAGCAAGGGACUUUGAUAGAUCAUGUUUAUGUUAAUACAUCAGAUUAUGAAGUUGAGUGUGAGGUUGUGCCUGCGUAUUUUAGUGAUCAUGAGGCGAUUGUUUGCAGUUUUAAAUGUAGAAAUGUAUAA